AUGGCUCACUUCGCUUUGGUUGCAGCAAUGGCAGCAUUGCUAGUUGUCUCCGCCGUUGCCCAGUCUCCGGCUCCUUCACCCUCCGUACAAACUCCCAGGAAAAUUUCUCCUGCUCCGGCUCAAUCUCCCACGACAACCGCUGCUCCUGCUCCGUCGGUGACUGCCACCACUCCGGCGACUGCCCCCACUCCAUCCACCGAUGCUACAUCUCCACCAUCUCCUUCACCUGUUGCCGCUGAUGUUCCAGCUUCAUCUCCAUCAUCAAUCGGUGGAUCUCCUUCUGACUCUCCGUCAGGGAUAGCUGAGACUCCUACUGAUGCUCCUGCCCCAGCUCAUAACGGCGCCGCUUCUGCUUCCUUCACUGUCGUUGGAUCCAUGGCCGUUGUCGUUUUGGCCUCAGUUUUCGUCAUGUAG